AUGAUAGUUUGUGCUCCUCUCACUACGACUCCCGAUCCAAUUUUAUCAGGGCCGCAUGAUUUCCAGGUAGAUUCUACGGAAUAUCUUCGCCAAACCCAUAGUAAUGGAUCAGAAUCUGCGCUUAAUCUAGAUAUAGACGUUUCUACAUCAAUAGUUAGCUCAUUUACACUGCCAGCUUCUACUCAGUGCUCUCACGAUGAACCUAGUCAGUCGUCCCAUCCGGCUGUUACAAAUAACAUUACACAUGAUGCUAGCAGAAGUGCCAAUACUACUUCUGCUGUAGAUACUAUUCCCCGUGAAGCUGUCGAGGCGCCUACGCUUCAGCACACUGACUGGACACGGCCCCUUCUUCGUAGUCUGCUUUGCCGCGCGGAGUUUGACAUUAUGCCCAAGCUGAUCUUCGCUGAGAGUCCUACUGUCGCCUGUAUGCUGCGUACGGACGUAACUCGAUAUAUGGACUUCCGUUUUAUCACCCGCCUCUUAGCCUUGAGGGCCAGUGAACCCCCAAAUGAAAAAGAGGCUACAGAACAGGCCUCCAACAUUAAUGCUUCAUUCAAAUGCUCAACGGAUCCUUUAGUUGCUCAUUGCCUAUCUACGGGCAGCAGUCAGUCUCCGCAUCGCGAAUUGAUAAAAAUACCACUGUGUCGUUCGGACGUUUUCAAAACUCGUCUUCUCAGUCUUCGUCAAAAGCGUCAACUAGGUGCCUUUUUUGAGUGGUGCCAAGGCCUUGAGGCGGCUGCAAUUGCCAAUUUGACAUCACAGGAACCGGUACCUAGUCUUGGAGACGACAAUGAUGCGGAAUCAAUGAUUUCCUGCCGUUGGAUAGAUCGAAUUGAAGAUCCCGAGUUUCAGGGUAGGUCUUAA